AUGUCGAGGUUUGAGUUUGAGUCCGGGCUGGCUGCAGACUCGGAGCGCAGGAAUGAACUGGAGGAAGGGGGCGGAGCUUCCUCUGUAACAGUGUGUGAUGUGGAUCCAAAAGUACCAGAUGUGAAGAAUGACCCCUGGUCAUGUGACAGCUCUUCUGACAAUGAGGAUGAUGAUGAAGACAAGAAGAAGAAGAAAAAGCUGAAGAGGAAAAGAAGCAAGAAAUCCAGCUCUUCUUCAUCAUCGUCAUCAUCAUCUUCCUCUUCCUCAUCAGACAGUGACAGCAGUGAGGAGGAAAAGAAGAAAGAGGAGAAAAGAAAAGGAUGGAGUAUGACGGAGAACGGGAUUGUGGCAGAGGAAGGUCUGGAGGGACUGACUGAGUUUACUCCUGCUGGAGAAAACAAAACAGACAAGAAGAAGAAGAAGAAGAAGAAGAAGAAGAAGAAGAAGAAGAAACACAAAGAUUGCCCUGCAGCCACUUCAGACAGUGAGGAUGAAAAGAAGAAGAAGAAGAAGAUAAAGAAAUUGAAGAAGCUGCAGAGGAAGGUGAAGAAGCUGAAGAAGAAGAUAAAGAAGAUGCAUUCCAGCUCGUCUGAAAGUUCAUCCUCUUCCUCAGAUAGUGAGGAUGAUCACAAAAAGAAGAAGAAGAAGAUGAAGAAGAAGAAGAAGAAGAAGAAGGACUCCAGCAGUUUAUCCUCUGACAGCUCCAGUGAAGAUGAGAUAACCAAGAAGAAAAAGAAAGACAAAAAGAAAAAGCAGCACUCAGGAGGAGAAUCAGCAUCGCAAACAGACAAAGACAAGAAGGUGACUGAGUUGGAGAAUAAAGAUGGACAGUGGACUGAGGACGGUGUUUUAGCUGCUGCUUCAUCUCCAUCUGCACUUCCUGCUGAGUUUGAGCUCAGAGGUGAAGAACAGACGUCUGGUGGAGACCAAGACAAACACAAAGAGAAGAAGAAAGACAAGAAGAAGAAGAAGGAAUCUUCAUCUUCAUCAUCAUCUGACAGUGACAGUGAUGAGAAGAAGAAGAAGAAGAAGAUGAAGAAGAAGAAAGCAAAGGACUCUUCAUCAUCCUCUGACAGUGAAGAUGAAGACAAGAAGAAGAAGAAGAAGAAGAAGAAGAAGAAGAAGAAGAAAGUAAAGGACUCAAGCUGCUCUUCGUCGUCGUCGUCGUCAUCAUCAUCAUCAUCUGACAGUGAGGAUGACAAGAAGAAGAAGAAGAAGAAGAAGAAGAAAGUAAAGGAUUCAAGCAGCUCUUCGUCAUCAUCAUCAUCAUCAUCUGACAGUGAGGAUGACAAGAAGAAGAAGAAGAAGAAGAAAAAGAAGAAGAAGAAGAAGAAGAAGAAGAAGAAGAAGAAGAAGAAGAAGGAUUCAAGCAGCUCUUCAUCAUCAUCAUCUGACAGUGAGGAUGACAAGAAGAAGAAAAAGAAGAAGAAGAAGAAGAAGAAGAAGAAAGUAAAGGAUUUAUCAUCGAGUAGCUCUUCAUCCUCAUCUGACAGUGAGGAUGACAAGAAAAAGAAGAAGAAGAAGAAGAAGAAGCAACUGAAGGAUUCAUCUUCAUCAUCCAGCAGCUCCUCUUCCUCUGACAGCAGUGAUGAAGACAAGAAGAAGAAAAAGAAGAAGAAGAAAAAGAAGAAGCAUAAGAAAAAGAAGGACUCAAGCUCUUCAUCGUCAUCUGAUAGUGAAAAAGGGAAGAAGGAGAAGAGAAAGAAGAAAGACAAGAAGAAGAAGAAGAAGAAGAAGAAGAAAGACAAGAAGAGAGAAAAGCAGAAGCAGAAAGCCGAAACAGAAGCUCAUGGUGCUAAUCUAGAGGAUAAAGGAGAAUCUGGAGAUUACAGCGGUGGCCUUCAGAUUUCUUCAUCUCUACUUUCUUCCAGCUCUCCGUCUAAUACACUGAGCAGAAUGGAGAACAGCAGCACCACCAACAGGCUACGCUUUUAGAGAGCCUGAUGGGAAAAUAGACGUUCACACACACCAAGAAAACCAAAGAGAAACACAGAAAAGUGCCAUGCCUGUACCAUGUUGUGUAGCGCUGGUAUGUUUUCUGAUUUAUUUUAUCUUUACUAUGAUGACAGCACAUAAUAUUAGACUAGAUAUUCUUCAAGAUGCUAGUAUUCAGCUUAAAGUGACAUUUAAAGGCUUAACUAGGUUAAUUAGGGUAAAGUUAGGGUAAUUAGGCAAGUCAUUGUAUAACAGUGGUUUGUUCUGGAGACAAUCCAAAACUAAUAUUGCUGAAGGGGGCUAAUAAUAUUGACCUUAAAAUGGGUUUAAAACAAUUAAGAACUUAUUUUAUUCUAGCCGAAAUAAUACAAAUAAGACUUUCUCCAGAAGAAAAAAUAUUAGAGCAAAUACUGUGAGAAAUUCCUGAAUCUGUUAAACAUCAAGACAAAAAAAGUAAGUCUAAUAUCUACUAUAAUAACUAAAAUCAUUCUAAUUCUAAGUUUAGCCAUAUAUUAAUUCAUGCUUUACUAGUUCUGUUCAGCUUUAGUUUGCAUUUAGUGGCAUUAUAGUUGGAGUAUUCCUAUAUAGUUUGACUUAAAUAUUUCUAAUCCUGAAACUUUUCUCUUUGUCAUGAUGACAGUACAUAAUAUUUAAACUAGUAUUCAGCUUACAGUGACAUUUAAAGGCUUAACUAGGGUUAUCAGGGUAAAGUUAGGGUAAUUAGGCAAGUUAUUGUAUAACAGUGGUUUGUUCUGGAGACAAUCCAAAACGAAUAUUGCUGAUUAUUAAAGGGGGUUAAUAAUAUUGACCUUAAAAUGGGUUUAAAACGAUUAAAAACUGCUUUUAUUCAUGCCGAAAUAAAACAAAUAAGACUUUCAGAAGAAGAUGUUUGUGACAGAAACAAAACCAUACAUAACAAGAGUGUUACGUAGAUAUUUAAAUUUAUAUAUAA